AUGUUUGAUGAGAACGAAGAAGUACAUGUUCUAGUAGAAAAUGAAUUAUCACCAAAAGAACAGCAAGCACAAACAUCAACUGAACAUAAAUUAAAACAAGCAAAUACUCAAGAGAAAAAAAAAGGAGUAUUCAGAUCCGAAUGGUUAAAUGAAUUUAAAUUUUUAAAAGAAUAUAAAGCAGAUAAAAGUAAAGUAACAUGCAUGGCAUGUAACACCCAAUUUAAUGUUCAUUAUGGUGGAAAAAGUGAUGUUAUUCAGCAUUCAAAGUCUAAACAACAUUCUAAAAACAUGUUAACAUUCAAUAUUGAUCGCCAACUAAUUACCACAGCAAUUAAACCAACUCGUGAGAAAGACGAGAUAGCUGCUGCCGAAGCUACAAUAGUAUACCAUAGUGUUCGGCAUGGAAUUUCAUAUUUAGCUCAACAAUGCACAACUGAUGUUUUAAAAACUUUGUUUGCUUCAUCAUCUAUUGCUAAAUCUUUAUCAUGUGGAAAAACAAAAGCUGCAGCAAUAGCAACAAAUGUUUUAGCACCUUACUUUACACAUAUUGUUGUGGAAGAAAUCAAACUAGCUUUUCAUUACUCUCUUGCAUUUGAUGCUAGUAAUAAAGGCAAUUUAAAGACUUUUCCAUUUUGUAUUCAGUAUUUUUCAGAUAUAGGUGUCAAAAAAGAUUUCAUCGAUGAUUCAAGUGAAUCAGCAGUUGAUAUACAUCGAAAUGCUCGUCAAAUAUUAAACAAGUAUGGAUUAAGUAUAGAUGGUUUAACAGCAAUAGGUGCUGACAAUACAAAUGUCAAUGUGGGAGAGAACCAUAGUGUGUUUUCAUUGUUUCGUGAUGAAAAACCGAAUGUGAUCAAAGGUUCGUGUUAUAAUCAUAUUUUACAUAAUAGUGUGAAAUAUUCACAUAAAGUAUUACCUAUUGAUGUUGAAAAAAAUUUAUUGACUAUUUAUACUCACUUUUCUCGAUCAGCUAAAAGAAUAGCUGAACUUAAAUCGUAUUAUGAAUUUUAUGAACAAGAUUACAUGGUGAUCCUGAAACAUAUAAAAUUACGUUGGUUAACAUUAUAUACAUCAAUAGAGAGAUUAUUGCAAGUCUUUACACCUAUCAAAAAUUACUUUUUAUCUCUUGAUGAUGAUUGUCCUAAAGAACUUCAAGAAUUUUUUUCAUCUGAAGAAGGACACUGUGUUCUUAGUUUUUUAGAAUAUAUUCUCCAUAUUAUUCAAAAAUCAAAUUUAAAAUUACAAAGGCAAUAUUUGUCUGCUGUUAGUUUACAUCAAAUUAUAACAGAUUUAAAAAUCAAUUUGCAACAGAGAUUAAUUUCGUCGUUUUAUGGUACAAGUUGUCGAUUAAAAUUAUCUCGAUUAGAACCAAAUGUAGCUGAUAAAUUAAAAAUUUCAUUUGCCCGAUUCAUCGAACGAGUUAUUGAAUAUAUUGAUGAAUAUUAUUUGUUGAAAAAAAAGACAAACAUGGAAAAGUAA